GUUUGAAUCUGCAGACGGCUUUUCAUGACGAAGUGGUUUUCGUGUCCGAGAAGACAGGAAGAUGCAACACCGUGGCAAAGGUCUUUAUUGAUCAGGCUCAACGUCUGGCCCUACAGAGGGAGAUAGACAAGGAGUCCCAGUCCACGGUUUCAGUCAGAUCACUGAUGGUCCAAGCCGACACAGGCAACAGGAUGGUUACCAUGAAGAAGACGAACAAGAAGAGUGGGAAGGACACCCACGCUGAGGAAGAGAUCUCAGAAAACACUUCCAUAAACCAGGGGAAUAACGAAGGAGUGAAGAAGAAAAAGAAGACGAAAGGAGAGACUCUGGUAGAAGAAGAGCAGGUGUCAUCCAAUGGGGAAGGGGGGAAUACGGAAGGAGAGCAGGAGAAAAAGAAAGGGAAGAAGAAGAAGUUGUCGUCUGGGACCAACGCUGAGGAAGCCAUGACUAAUGGAAAUGACGGAGGGUGCGGCCAGAAGAAGAAAAAGCAGAAAGGUGUUAACACUGUCAAAACGGAGGUAGAGACAGAACAGAGUGAAUUAAAGGACGAGAAAGGAGUAGUGGAAAAUGGGCCAAAGCAGAAAAAAAAGAAGCUCUCUCAGGCAGAAGAGACAGAGAUCAGCGUUGUCAAGGUAGAGGAAGGAGAGAUGAUAGAAAUAAAGAAAGGCAAGAAAAAGAAGGGAAAAACAGAGGAAGAAAAGAAAGUGAAAAAGAUCCCUAAAGCUGCUGAACCAACUGAGGAGAGUCAGGAGGGGGAGACGAAGAAGAAGGGUAAGAAGAGAGCAGUCGCUGAGAAAGGAGAGGCAGAGAAAGAAAUGGUAGUAAAGAAGAAGAAAGGAGAGACGAAAGAGAGAGAGAGCGGAGAGGCAGUGAAAGAAAUGGUAGUAAAGAAGAAGAAAGGAGAGACGAAAGAGAGAGAGAGCGGAGAGGCAGAGAAAGAAAUGGUAGUAAAGAAGAAGAAAGGAGCUGAGGCCACAGUAGCAGUACAGGAGGAGGAACAGAAUAACACCAAAAAGAAGAAACCCAAAUUCUCCAGCAGCGCUGCAGACACCACCAUGGAGACGGAAGGAAAGGAGGGCAAGAUGAAGAAAGAGAAGAGAAAGGCCUCUGCACUAACAGAGAAGGAGGAUGUGAUGGUGGUGGACAAGCAAAAGCACAAACAUAUGAAAAGGGUGGAUACGAAAGGAGUAGUGGAACAGUCGGAGGACGGAGAGAGCGAGGGAAGGAAAAAGAAGGUGAAGAAGAGCUCCUCUGAGGUAGAGACAGAAAUGGAGGACAGCACCCCUCACAAGAAAGGGAAGAAGAUUAUGACGAAGGGGAAAAAGAAGAUAAAGGUGGAGAGCUGCACCCCUGAAGACCAGGAGAGGGACCAGACGGACGUGGUUUUCCUGUCAGAGACCAGGGGAAACGCCUUCGAGAUCAAUAUUGAUCAGGGGAGACGCCUGGCCCUGCAGAAUGAGAUCGACCAGAAGUCCAAUCCAGUCCUACUCAAACCGGUACCAUCGGGUUUGGGCCAGUGGGGCACUGCCCAGUUUGACAGUUCCGACCAACACAAUAAGUUCCUGCGGUUGAUGGGCGGCUUCAAGAAGGGCGGGCAGCCAAUGGCAGCGAGCGGUGCGACGGGAGGGCGGGCCAACAUGGCGCUGACUAAAGACGGACAGCAGAGCUUGCAGCAAGGCCUACUGGGGGAGUUUGAGCGCGCUCAGUCGCGCCGCAUGGACUUCACGGGAAAGGGGGCGGGACUUGGGUUCUCAGCGCCGUCCAAUAAGAAGUUCUCGAUUGACAUCAACACAACCCGAUCGGUGCGCUUCGAUGACUGAGUCUGGACGGACCCUUGAGUGUGUGUCUAGCAUCCAAAACCGAUUUGGAUGAGUGUGUGUACCUUUUCUCUUGCAGGGUCUUGGGAGUGUCUGUCUGUGAAUGUGGUGUGUAUGAAUGUAUAUACAGUACCAGUCAAAAGUUUGGACACAGCUACUCAUUACAGGGUUUUUCUUUAUUUUUUACUAUUUUCUACAUUGUAGAAUAAAACUAUCAAAUAACACAUGGAAUCAUGUAGUAACCAAAAAAGUGUUAACCAAAUCAAAAUAUAUUUUAUAU